UAAAAUUCGACUGCGAUUGACCUUGCUUUGAAGCUCUCGGAUAACGUUUUCCUGGGAAGACCUCCGGUUCCCGUUGUGACACGUGUGUUUGGGGAGCGCGGGUUGUCACUUUUUUGCAACCUGAAGGGGAAACUUGUCUAGGUCCUCAUAAUUGUUAAGAGGGAGAACAAUUUCUGUGGAGCAGUGAAGACAGAAUCCAUGUUUCAGUGAAUGGGAGAAAAAUUAAUGGAAGCCUCUAGCCUAAAAUACACUUUCAAGGAGCUGAGCUCAGAAGAAAGAGAGAUUCAGGGCAGUUGCUAAAGAAGAAUGUAAGGCGAAGCUGAACCCAACGCAACAUAUACAUAGCAAAGUGUGUGGAAGUAAAGGAUUUUGAAGAAUAUUCAGGACUGCAGAAUUACGGACUGAAAGACAUUGUACUGUUCAUAACAAGAAUAAAAGCAGAGAAAGAACCUUUUUUUUUUUUUUCCUGAUGAUGGAGGCAGAAGAACAGCAACAGCCAUGGAUGACAGACUUUUACACAGAAUUGCCAAAAGUGGAACUUCAUGCCCACUUGAAUGGAUCCAUUAGUCCUAAUACCAUGAAGAAAUUAAUAGCCAAGAAGCCAGAUCUUAAGGUCCAUGAUCAGAUGACUAUGAUUGACAAGGGAAAGAAAAGAACUUUAGAAGAGUGUUUCCAGAUGUUUCAAAUUAUACAUCAGCUUACUAGUACCCCUGAAGAUAUUCUAAUGGUCACAAAAGAUGUCAUUAAAGAGUUUGCCGAUGAUGGUGUCAAGUACCUGGAACUAAGAAGCACACCCCGAAGAGAAAAUAUUACUGGAAUGACUAAAAAGACUUAUGUGGAAUCAAUACUUGAGGGUAUAAGACAAUCCAAAGAAGAAAAUCUAGACAUUGAUGUUAGGUAUUUGAUAGCAAUCGACAGAAGAGGUGGCCCUUCAGUAGCCAAAGAAACUGUUAAACUUGCUGAAGAGUUCUUCCUUUCCACCCAGGAUACAGUUCUUGGCCUUGACCUCAGUGGAGACCCUAAUAUAGGACAAGCAAAAGACUUCCUGGAACCUCUUUUAGAAGCUAAAAAAGCAGGUCUGAGGUUGGCAUUGCAUCUUUCAGAGAUUCCAAACCAAAAAAAAGAAACACAAAUGCUCUUGGAUCUGAUUCCUGACAGAAUUGGGCAUGGGACAUUUCUUAAUUCCUCUGAGGGAGGAUCCCUGGAUCUGGUGGACUUUGUGAGACAACACCAAAUACCACUGGAACUCUGUUUGACCUCAAACAUCAAAAGUCAGACAGUUCCAUCUUAUGAUCGACAUCAUUUCGGAUUCUGGUACAGCAUUGCCCAUCCUUCUGUGAUCUGUACUGAUGAUAAGGGUGUUUUUGCAACACACCUUUCUCAAGAAUACCAGUUAGCAGCUGAGACAUUUAAUUUGACUCAGUCUCAGGUGUGGGAGCUGUCUUACAAAUCCAUCAACUACAUCUUUGCUUCUGAAAGCACCAGAUCUGAACUGAGGAAGAAGUGGAAUCAUCUGAAGCCCAAAGUGUUAAAUUCGUAAGCUAUAAUGAGAACUUUUGACUAUGUGUUGUGUCCAAGAUCUCCCUGCCAUAUUCCACUUAGGAAACCAUCCACUAUACCCUUUGAAGUAUAGCAGUCAAGUACCAUGAGUUCUAACACCAGCACCUACAUGUGGGAGGUACUUAGGAAAUAACGUCUUCAUUGACAAGCAGGCUCUGAGGUCUUCCAUAGUUCACCACCAUGCAAUCUACUGGACUUGAGUGUUGUUGUUAACUAAACUUCCCAUUCUAUCAGUGGUUUUAUGACUUGGAAGUCCUUCCCUAUUGGUGAUUAUAAAACUUCAGGAAAAUUAGGAUAAUUACUCAUCAGGGAAAGUUUGGGCCAAGAGUUGUGCAAUUGUCCUGGAAUAUGGUUUUAGUGCCUACACUAAAGUUUCUCUCAAAUGUUGCUUCCUCGUUACUAUUUAAAACUCUCAAAUGCCAGCUUUGGGCAACCAGAGAUUUGUGAGGCCUAAGAAAUACUCAGGUGCUUGGUGGUGGGUCCUUAGUAUGAAUUAUUGGAAUGUAGAUCUCACUAUAUAGAAUGGAGGUGAAUGUCUUUUAGUUUUGUACUGUAUUUAGGGAAGAAAAUCAAUAAAAUAUUUCUAAAUUGAA